AUGAUUGAUAAAGUACUAUUUUGGAAUAUAAGAUCAGUCAACACUCAAAAUUAUUUUGAGAGGUUAACUGAGCUUAAUAGGAGGCAUCACUACUCACUCAUAGCACUUAUGGAACCUUUCCAUGGGCUUGAUGAAGUUGAAAGUUAUAGAAGAAGGUUAGGCAUCCAUAAUUCAAUGGUUAAUAUCUCAGAGAAGAUUUGGAUUUUUGGGACUGAUGAUUGGUUGGAGUUGUGGGAUUCUAUUGCCCAAGAUACACUGAACAUUCAAGGACCAUGGAUAGUAGGGGGAGACUUUAAUGUAAUUCUAAAAUCUGAUGAGAAACUAGGGGGUCUUCCUGUGCAUUUGGCUGAAACUGAUGAUUUUGCUCACUUUGUUAAUAACUGUGGUCUGAUGGAAUUGAAGUACUUUGGUAGUAGAUAUACUUGGUGGAAUGGCAGAACUGAAGAGGAUUGCAUUUUCAAAAGACUUGACAGAGUAUUUGGAAAUCAAGAGUUCAUGGAUCUUUUCCUAUCAUCUGAGGUCUCACAUUUGAUAAGGCAUAGAUCUGAUCAUGCCCCUCUCCAUGUUGUGUGUUGUAGCAAGGACGUGGUUGUUAAGCCAUUUAAGUUCCUAAAUUUUUGGUCUCAACAUCCAAAAUUUUUAGAAUUGGUUCAAGACAACUGGAGCUUGGAUUUUACAGCAAAUCCAUUUUCUGAAUUUCAAGCUAAAAUGAAAAAGGUGAAAAUGGCUUUGGCAAAGUGGAGUAAGGAUACAUAUGGCAAUAUUUUUCAGCAAAUCUCAACCAUAGAAGAUACUAUCAAGGUGAAGGAACUGCAGUCUGAAUUAAAUCCUUCCAUGCUGAAUAGAACAUACUUACAUAAAGCUCAAGAUGAGUUACAUAGCUACUUGCACCUUGAAGAAGAAUAUUGGAAGCAAAAGUAUGGUAUGAGGUGGUUCAAGGAUGGUGAUAGAAAUACUAAGUUCUUUCACUCCUAUGUCAAAGGAAGGAGGAAGAAAUUGGCUUUGCAGAGGAUCCAAAAUAGUCAAGGGGAUUGGAUUUCCUCUAAUAAUGAUAUAAGGGAGGAAGCAGUUAGAUUCUAUCAAAAUCAGCUUAGACAGCUGGCUACAAGGACUGACUAUGAGAUGUUAAAGAAGAUUCCAGCUCUAAUCUUUACAGAACAAAAUGAGUCACUUAUUGCUCUCCCUAGUAAUGAAGAUGUCAAGCUAGCAGUCUAUGGUCUGAAUGGUGACAGUACAAGUGGUCCUGAUGGUUUCUCAGGCCAUUUUUUCCAGUACUUUGGCAUUAUUUCCAACACUCAAACUAGUUUUGUAAAAGGUAAGAGCAUUGUGGAGUAUGUGUUGUUAGCACAGGAUAUUAUUAGAGACAUAAACAAGAGAAACAAACUGCACAAUGUGGUAGUGAAGCUUGACAUGGCUAAGGCUUAUGAUAGGGUGUCAUGGAUCUUUCUAACAAAGGUUUUGAGGCAAUUUGGCUUCUCAGAGGUGAUUGUAGACAUGGUAUGGAGAUUGGUAUUCAGUGCUACUGAUCCUGUGUCAUUGAAGAAGAUGAUGAAUAUCUUGAGGAACUAUGAGAAGACAUCUGUUCAGCUGGUUAACAAUGAUAAGAUCUCUUUCUAUGUGCAUGAGAAAGUUCCAGCAGUUGUGGUUAGCAGAAUUAAAAGGAAAACUGGUAUGAGGAAAGGCUCUUUUCCUUUUACAUAUUUGGGAUGUCCAGUAUUUUAUGGUAGAAGGAAAAUUGUCCAUUAUGAAAGUUUGAUAAGGAAGGUGAUGAAUAGAGUGAUGUCUUGGCAAAACAGGCUACUAUCAUUUGGUAGAAGGUACAUAUUAAUGGCACAUGUUCUACAGACAAUGCCAGUCUAUUUGUUAUCUGUAAUGAACCCCCUGAGAGGUGUUAUAGACCAAUUAUAUAAGAUCUUUGCCAAGUUCUUUUGGAGUAACACUGCAGGUGUUAAAGGCAAACACUGGGUGGCUUGGGAUAAAAUGUGUUUGCCAAAGUGUGAAGGUGGUCUUGGCUUUAGAUCACUACAUGAUAUAUCCAAAGCCUUUUUUGCAAAACUUUGGUGGAACUUUAGAACUACCAUUACUUUAUGGGGAGCCUUCAUGGGUAACAAGUAUUGCAAGAAGUUGCAUCCAGUUAUGGCACAGGCCAAGGAGCAUCGAAUGUGUGGAAGAAACUGCUUCUGGUUUGAUAACUGGACAAAACAAUGUGCUUUGUACUUUGUUGAUAAUGAGCAGGUCAUUGAUGAGGAGAUAGAGGUGAAGGAAUUUAUAUCUGUUGGGGAGUGGAAUUUGCCAAAAUUACAGGAAUUUCUUGCUGAAGAAACUGUGGAAUACAUAUAA